AUGAAAGAGAUCUUACAUGUUAGGGAUCAUGUGAAAAGGCUGGACUGCUGGAAAUCGUUGGGGCAGAGGAAGGAAUGCAAAAUAAAGGUGUUUUACUUGCAUUUCCUGGCUCAACCAAAUGAUGUUGAUUGGAAGGGGUUGCUCAUGGGAAACUAUGCUAGACCUCGUGCGAAGAUGAUGCUUUGGCUGGCAUGCCACGACAGACUUGCUACAAAAGACAGGUUAGUUAAAUUUGGUAUGAUUAAGGAUGUCAAGUGUGAAUUCUGUGAAGAGAAUGAAAAUUUGCAGCAUCUGUUCUUUGAGUGCAAAGGUACGAAUGGUAUAUGGAGGGGAGUGCUGGAAUGGUUGCACAUAGAGCAACACAAGGAUGGCUGGACUCAGAUAAAGACCUGGGCUAUCAGACUGUGUAAGAGCAAAAUCUGGAGGAGGAAAUUUCUGCAGGUGGCUUUGGCUGAAACGGUGUAUAGUGUUUGGCAUAAUAUAAACUGCAAAGUGUAUAGAAACAACAAUGUGGAUAGUCAUAUAGUGAGUCAAAUUAUAGAGAAUAUAGUGAAUAGAGUUUGGGCUAUUCCUAAACUUAGAGAAAAGCUAUCUUUCUUAUUGAUGUGA